AUGGAACCGGAAGAGCAGAGUCAUAUUGGGCAAAGUGUGGUUGAGGUGGAGAAGGAUGCUGCAUUGUUGACUAGCGUGCCUGCUAAUGACAUUGCACAGGAAGUUAGCGUUGCAAAAGGCAGCCCCCAACUUCCUGAUUCUCUGUCUGCAUUUGGAGAGGGAGAGGAAGUAGACACUGCUGGUGGAAAUAUCACAGAAAGCCCCAGUCCAGAAUCGGACAAGGAGGGAGAAAACGUUCAAGAUGAAGUAAGUCUGGACGAACUUUUGGAAGACGAUAAGCAAUUUUACGAAGAAGAUUUGAAGGAAUUGACAGAGGAUUUGGAAUCAGAGGAGUCGCUUUCCCCUUCACCGCCAGAGUCAAACUCACUGGAAGAAAUGAGUCGUAUAUACAAUUUGGAGACGGUUGGUUCGAGAAGUGGACUAUGCAUACGGGAUAGAGCCGGAGACUCAGUGCAUCUCAUCAAAGUUAAAACUCUUAAUACACAACAGCAAGCAGAAGGCAUUCAGAGUCUACAACGUCGAAUUGAAGGCUUCAAGCUGAAAGAGCAGGAAGCGCAAAAGUCUCAAAUUAGUGUGUUGCAAAAUGUGCGACAAAGUCCAAAAAGGAACACGUCAAAGCAAGAGACCACAGCAGAAAAACAGGACAAAAUAUUCAGUCCACAAACGUCUCCAAGAAGAGUGAACUCACCGGAUCAAAGCAUAGAAAUCAACUCGUCCAUUCUGCGUGGUCAAUCGCCGGAAAACUCGCUGAAAAUUUUGGAUCUGGCUCCAACGCCUGUGUCUUCUCCUUGCUCUCCUUCACCUUCGCCGUCUCCCAGUAGUUCGCCGGCGCAAAGUCCGACACCGACGGCCUUGUUCACGAUCAAAAGUGCCUCAGGGGGGCAGGUGAAGCGGGGCGCCACCAUCACCAUCACGCCAAAGAAACCGCAGGCUCCGAGGCCAUCGCCAACCACAAGCCCAACUUUGACGACCACCACAACUGUGACUGAACCGACGAAAAAGAAAUACCCAACGGUGGAGGAGAUCGUGGUGAUCGGAGGUUAUCUGAAUCUGGAUAAGUCGUGUCUGGUGAAGAACAGAGGGACGGCUAAAAAGGUGAAGGUGUGUUUCUCGGAGGAGCGUCUGGAGCAGCUGUGCGAGUACCCGGCCGAGAGCUCCGUGUGGCCGCCCUCGCCCUUCCCCCUGGACCUGGACUGGGACCCGGACCUGGACCUGCGCAUGGACAGCCUCCCCAAGACCACCAGGAGCGUGGGCACGGCCAUGACCCGCGGGCUCAGGGCGGGACCGUGCCAUCCGCUGCUCAAGAAACACAGCGUCUGA